AUGAGCGGGGUAGGGGCAGGAGGCAUUAGGGUCUGGAGGAGGAGAGGGAAAGCAAGGGAUUGGGAAUUCAUGGAAUUGGAUGUUGGUGGUGGCGAGAGGGUCCCAACCUUGGACGCGAAGCUUGACUUGGCGGCUGUGGGUGGUGGGGGUUACGUAGUGGACUGGUAUGUUGUAGGCGGUUAUAAGGCGAGAGAAGUGGAGGAGCUGGUUGAGAUGGCCUUGAGCUGCUAG